AAAGGAACUGUGAGAAGGAGAUAAUCACACUACAAUACUUUCUCAUCCUUAGUUUUACCUGUGACACCCUCGCAAUGACAAGCCGGCGCAGCAAAGGGGACACUUAAGGGGAAUUUACGGAAAUCAUUACAGCUAGGAAACUAUAUCAAAUUAUUGAGAGUAACUAUUGGGGAUAUUCGUUGGUAUCGACUUGGAGUAACUUUGGAUACUUGGACAGUGACUAUCGGAGAAUAUCUAUCUAUUUAUCAUUUUCGCUUACACAUUGCAUGAAACUGAGAGUGGAAGCACCAUGAGUCGGAAAACUAGGCGCUGGAUUUUUCGGGUUUUGCUUUGCCUUGGGAUUGUCUAUUUGAAAAUCGGUGGCUUUUCAUCCGUGGUCGCGCUAGGUGCGAGUAUAAUCUGUAACAAGAUUCCCGGGUUGGCUCCCCGACAGCGGAUAAUCUGCCAGAGUCGCCCCGAUGCCAUUAUUGUCAUCGGAGAGGGAGCACAAAUGGGGAUCAACGAGUGUCAGUUUCAAUUCAAAAAUGGGCGCUGGAACUGCUCUGCGCUUGGAGAGAGAACGGUCUUCGGAAAAGAGUUGAAAGUGGGCAGUAAAGAGGCUGCGUUCACCUAUGCCAUCAUUGCGGCCGGAGUUGCCCACGCCAUCACUGCAGCCUGUACGCAGGGAAACCUGAGUGACUGCAGCUGUGAUACGGAGAAGCAGGGUUUCUACAGUAAAGGCCAGGGCUGGAAGUGGGGAGGCUGUUCAGCAGACAUCAGCUACGGCCUGGGCUUCUCAAAGGUGUUCGUUGAUGCCAGGGAGGUCAAACAGAACGCCAGGUCUCUCAUGAACCUGCAUAACAACGAGGUGGGACGCAAGAUCCUGGAGAAGAACAUGCAUCUGGAAUGCAAGUGUCACGGUGUUUCGGGCUCCUGCACCACUAAAACCUGCUGGACUAAACUUCCCAAGUUUCGCGAGCUCGGCUACAUUCUCAAAGAGAAGUAUGCCCAUGCUCUGCACGUGGAACCGGUCAAAGCCAGCCGCAACAAGCGGCCCAAAUUCCUCAAGAUCAAGAAGCCCUACUCCUACCGGAAGCCCAUGGACACAGACCUUGUGUUCAUUGAGAAGUCCCCUAACUACUGCGAGGCGGACCCGGUGACAGGCAGUAUGGGGACACAGGGCCGGAUGUGUAAUAAGACUGUUACGCAGCAGAUCAGCGGCUGUGACCUGAUGUGCUGUGGACGAGGGUACAACACACACCAGUACUCCCGCGUGUGGCAGUGCAACUGCAAGUUCCUGUGGUGCUGCUACGUCAAAUGCAACACCUGCAGCGAGAGGACAGAGGUGUACACCUGCAAAUGACAGUAUUUAUUGGACCGUCGGAUGUGUGUGUGUGUGUGUGGGUGUGGUUGUGGAUGUGUGUGUGUGUGUGUGCAUAAUGGAAACUUUUUUAGGUAAUGGAUCAUUGCUGUUUUUUCAGCAGUAGACAUUGAGGAACUAUAAGCAGAAGAUGGAACAACAGCGAUUUUGUCUGCACACAAUGCUCCUUCUCCCCUCUCAUUGGACAUAUACUGGGAUGCCUGCAACAGAUCACCAUAAAGGGAAACACACUGUGUCCUGGAUGGCAGGAUGGGACAGCCUCAGGACAUGAACUAUAACACACUGCGCUAUCUGCCAGCCAGCCAGCCAGCCUAUGUUUUUGGACUAUGUGUCAAUGCUGAGACUGUUAAAAAGCUAUGGAUGGAUGUGUACUAUUUGUUGACUGUAGAGUGAAUGGAUUCCCCCAACGCUCACCAUAAAUCAAUGCUGGAUAUAAUGCUGCACAAAUGAAAUUAAACAGCUAUUGGGAAUAUUUAACACACUGUAUUUAGAGACAAAUAAAUCAUAAUAAUUUAUUUCAUAAAGAAACUACUGAUUUGAUCCAUUAUGGAGCAAGUCUUAAUUGUGUAGAUGGUGGGUUCUUCCCCAAUGAGAGUUUUUGUUAUUGUUUUGUUUGUUAAUGCAAUCCAAAAUAGAAUUUAGAGUCAUACACUGGAAUUAGGACCACCUGGAAUAUUCUGUUGCUCAGAUUGUUCCAGGUUAGGCUGGUAAGAGGCUACUGACAUGAGUUUGUGCUUAAUCUGAAAUCGUACCCUAUUCCUUUUGUAGUGGCUCUGGCCAAAAGUAGUGCACUAUAUGGGGAAUAGGGUGCCAUUUUGGACGUGGACUUAGUCUUCCUUCUGUUUGCUGCUAGUCUGGAGAAUCCCUCACUGUGGUCUAAGGGCAUCAACACUACUGUCUGUGUUGAGUGACAACGCUCACCUCAAGCUGACUAAAUUUAACAAGACAUAUUCAACCAGACACUCUUUUUGGUAAAUAUUGGUAAAGAGAGUAUAUUUUGAAAAAGCCUAUUUUUAUAUACAUGUCUUAUUUAUACUAUUUCUUCUGGCAUAUUUCAAUAUCACACUCUUCCCUCUUUAUGCCUCUGGAAAACCCAUUCAAUAUCACACUCUUCCCUCUUUAUGCCUCUGGAAAACCCAUUCAAUAUCACACUCUUCCCUCUUUAUGCCUCUGGAAAACCCAUUCAAUAUCACACUCUUCCCUCUUUAUGCCUCUGGAAAACCCAUGUGGGAAAAUGUGCCACUGCUGUCACUUCAUUGUUGUACUGUAUACUGUAUUGUUGUACUGUAUACUGUAUUGUUGUACUGUAUACUGUAUUGUUGUACUGUAUACUGUAUGUUAUUUGGAGCCAUGUGUUUGUCCCUGUGAAUAUAUGGCUGUGUUCAAACUGCUUUGUUUACUGCAUUUCAUGACUGCUAUGGUUGGAAUACAGGAACGGGGAUAAGACUAACAA